AUGGUAGCCACAGUUGACCACAUAAACGCUUCUCUUCUGCAUACAAGUCACCAGUUGCAGUCAUUCAAUUGGAUAUACUACCGUGCGGACACCUUUAUAUUUUCGUGGCAAGAGAUACUUGCGGGACAAUCCACGUUGCUUGGACUCAAUCCGAAAAGUAACCAGUCGGCCCAUUCGCUGUCUUCCCUUGAUGUUUUAUGGCAGUCAUUGGCCGCAAACUCGCGUUCCAUCCUUCGAAUAUUUUAUGCGAUGUUCUAUAAUAGCAAGGAGCCUGUCGCUUUCUGGGAUCUUUUCAGUGCUGCUAAGGACGAGUUCCUUGUGUCAUCGGAUACUGCCCUCCGUCAGCAGUUAGUGGAGUUCAGCGAUCACCGCAUUCUCAGGUGGAAAAGAGGCGAGGAUGGCAGCGAGCAACUGGUCGGGUGCUUGGACAGGAAUCUUAUAGAGAAGUUCUUCAACGAAAAAGGUCUCAACCUAGACUUGUUCUAA